UUCCGACUCCCACACGGCUUCGCUCACGAAGUCAAGCGUCGCCCUCCUCCCCUCCGCCGCAAACACGCACGCCGCCCACGCAAACUCUUCGCACGAAUCCUUCUCUCCUCGACACUCCUCCGCCACCUCUUCCCUCCCUAGCGAUCCUCCUCGCCUCCUCAGCCGCCGCCGCCCCGGGUAGCGCUGCUGCCGUGCAUUUCUGGGAGGGAUCCCGCGUCGUCUGCGCCGCGGGCAACUUUGCGGGGCGGAAUUUGGCAGGCCUAGUGUCCCGCUGGGAGGCGCAAAUUCGGGUCAGCGUCGCGUGGUUUCGAAGCCGACCGGUUGAUUUGAAUCGGGGGGGGGGGGGGCACGGAUUGGUUGGGUGAGAGGGCAGGCUCGAUUUAGCGGCGUUUUCGCGGAAAUUUUUGGGUCAUAGGCGGCGGACUCCAGGGCACGGAGUAGCUUGCUUGAGUCAGGCGUCGCGCGGAGGCUUAGGUGCUUGGCUGGGCUGCGUUGAUGGCGGGAUCUGUUGGCGUGGGCAGGGCGGCGCCGCGGUCGUCACCGAAGCGGUACGCGGGCACCGACCCGCCGUUGUCUCUUGCCGGGCCGACGAUGGCGGAUCUCCAGAGGACGGCCGAGCUGGAGAAGUUCUUGGUGGAAGCAGGCCUUUAUGAAGGGAAGGAGGAGUCUGCGAAGCGGGAAGAGGUGCUGUCCGAGAUUGGUCAGAUAGUCAAGGAAUGGGUGAAGCAGUUGACUCGUAAGAAAGGAUAUGCUGAGCAAUUGGUUGAACGAGCAAAUGCAGUCCUUUUCACUUUUGGAUCUUACAGAUUGGGGGUAUCUGCCUCUUUUAGUUCUUUUAUCCGCAACAACUAUUCCUGCCAUUCCGUUAUUGAAGAAGUUCAUGGACCUGGAGCUGAUAUUGAUACCCUUUGUGUUGGACCUUCAUAUGUGAACCGAGAGGAGGAUUUCUUUGUCACACUGAAUGGCAUAUUAGCAGAAAAGGAAGAAGUGACUGAGUUGCAACCUGUACCUGAAGCUCACGUACCUGUUUUGAAAUUUAAGUUUCGUGGGAUAUCAAUUGACCUUCUCUAUGCUAGCCUCUCUCUUUCAGUAAUACCGGCUGAUUUUGAUAUUUCUCAAGGAUCUGUGCUUUGUGAUGUUGAUGAAGCAACUGUUCGAAGUCUUAACGGGUGCAGAGUGGCAGAUCAGAUUCUUCGGCUUGUUCCCAAUGCUGAGAACUUCCGGACAACACUCAAAUGCUUGAAGUACUGGGCAAAGAGAAGGGGUGUUUAUUCUAAUAUUACUGGUUUCCUUGGGGGUGUCAACUGGGCUCUGCUGGUUGCUCGUGUCUGCCAACUCUAUCCUAAUGCUGUGCCAAGUAUGCUGGUCUCUAGAUUCUUCAGAGUUUUUACCCAGUGGCAAUGGCCAAAUCCAGUAAUGCUAUGUGCGAUUGAGAAUGAUGAUCUUGGUUUUUCUAUAUGGGAUCCACGUAAAAAUCCUCGUGAUAGAAACCAUCUAAUGCCCAUCAUCACUCCAGCCUACCCAUGCAUGAACUCUAGUUACAAUGUUUCAACCAGCACGCUGAGGGUUAUAAUGGAGCAAUUUCAGUUUGGCAACAAAAUUUGUCAGGAAAUUGACCUUAAUAAGGCCAGUUGGAAUGCUUUAUUUGAGCCUUUCCAUUUCUUUGAGGCAUAUAGAAAGUUUCUAGUGGUUGACAUAGUUGCGGAUGAUGAUGAUGAUCUUCGGCUUUGGAAGGGAUGGGUUGAGUCUCGUUUGAGACAACUUACUUUAAAGAUUGAGCGGGAUACUAAAGGAAUUCUGCAGUGCCAUCCUUACCCGUGUGAGUAUUCAGAUCCCGCAAUAGAAUGCGCACAUUGUGCCUUCUACAUGGGUUUAUCAAGGAAAGAGGGGUUGAAAAAACGUGGUCAACAAUUUGAUAUCCAUGGGACAGUAGAUGAAUUUAUGCGUGAAAUUGGCAUGUAUUCAUUGUGGAAGCCUGGGAUGGAUCUGGCUGUCACCCAUGUCCGUAGGGAGCAGGUCCCAUCUUAUGUAUUUGAGCAAGGAUACAAGAAACCCUCUCCUACGAUGCAUGCAAACCAACAGGAGCAGUCUGAUGGAGAUGGCACACUGAGUCCAGAUCUGGAGGGUCAGCUUAAGAGAAAGUACGAUUCUGAUGGAGAUGGCCUUGUGGAACUUCUCAAAUCUGUUAAAAGGGCUUCAGUAAGCCCACCUGGUGAUGAAACCCCACCUAAUCAUGGAAAUAGUGUCAGUAAAGUCAUAUGUGACAGUCCAGUGAAAUUAGUUUCCAGUGCCCUUUGCAGCGGAGCUCAGACUUCUCCGUCACAUGAUGAUGUAACUUUUGAACCAACAGCAUUAACUAGUUCACCACAUGGAUCUGAGGAUACCUCAGCAUCAGGCACAAGCUGUGCAGCAGUGGGAGCGGUUGUUUUGGCUGAUGAAUCUAGCAAGCUUGUUAACUUGACAUGCGAUGUUGAAGUUGACACAGUUCAGACGAUGGAAGUGCACACAACUUCAGAAUGCGUGGCUCAGAAGGAUGGGACAAAGCUUGAGGGAAUCAGAAGCUUGGCGAGCCGCAAUCCUGCUGAGUUUCUAGAGAGGGAAGUUCUUGCUGAGAACAUGCACUUGAGUGGAGAUGAAGUGAUUUGAAACGGCGUUUUAGAUAGAGGUUUUACUUUCUAUAAUUCAUCCUAUCUAAUUAAAUUCUAUUUUGAUAUGAUCGAAACUCUAUGCAUGCUCUUUUGUUUUUCAUUUUUUAACUGUUCUGAUCUGCAAAGUUGACGAAACAUGUGAUUCAAGUGGUUUUGAAAGGUGAUGCAGGUCAGAAAUUUGAUUGAGCUCAAGAGGCCAGAAAGCGGAGCUGAGGACUUCACUCAUUUGCUGUCAACAGUUCAAGAAGGGACCAAUGACUGCUGGCUGCUGGAUGGAGGUUGAGUUUGACGCCUGUGGUCGGUAAGUUUGGUCGAAGAUUGCUUUUGCUCGCUGGAGAAGCUGGUGUAAAGCUUACAGCAGCUAUAACUGGGAAAAGUGAUGUACAAGUUAUGAAAAUGAUGAAGACGAGACCACAUCCGAGAACCAUGGACAUGCGUGUGCAUCACACUAAACAAGGAACCAUUCAAGUGAAAUGGGGUCUCACACUCGCACUGUACCGGAGAAGUUAUAGGUACUCCAGUUGUUUAUGCACAAAUCAUCUGUGGUUAUUUAGCCAUGUACGCCAAGUACCUAUAAAAUUCAAUGAAAUGCAUGAAGUUUUGGCCUA